CCUUCGCUUCACAAAUGAACAUAGCCCAAACACACACACAUACACAUAAUCUCUCAUUCUUCCUUCUCCCAAUAGGGAAAAAAAUGGGUGCUAUUCCCCAUUUUGAACCAAUCUCAGAAUGUAACAAAGAGAUUAAUAGAUCAAAUCAAACAAUUGCAUCUGAUUUAGAUGGAACUCUCUUAGUUUCAACAAGUGCAUUUCCAUAUUUCUUUCUUAUUGCCUUAGAAGCUGGUAGCCUUAUUAGGGCAUUACUACUUCUAAUAUCUGUUCCAUUUGUCUACUUUGUUUACAUAUUCAUCGCAGAAUCUAUUGCAAUUGAAACCUUAAUCUUCAUUGCCUUUGCUGGAUUAAAGAUUAAAGACAUCGAAAUAGUGUCAAGGGCUGUUUUACCUAAGUUUUACUCCGAGGAUGUCCAUCCACAAACUUGGAAAGUGUUCAAUUCAUUUGGAAAGAGAUAUGUUGUUACUGCAAAUCCAAGAAUUAUGGUUGAACAUUUUGCAAAGCACUUCUUAGGUGCUGAUAAGGUUCUUGGUACAGAAUUAGAAGUUUCUAAAUCUGGACGUGCAACUGGUUUUGUUCUAAAACCAGGUGUUCUUGUUGGAGAACAUAAAAGAGCUGCUGUUCUCAAGGAAUUUGGAACAAAUGUACCUGAUUUAGGACUUGGAGAUAGAGAGACUGAUCAUGAUUUCAUGUCCAUAUGCAAGGAAGGGUACAUGGUCCCAAGAACAAAAAUAGAACCCUUACCCAGAAAUAAACUCUUAAGUCCAGUCAUUUUCCAUGAGGGUCGUUGGGUACAAAGGCCUACACCACUUAUAGCGCUCUUAACUUUCUUGUGGAUGCCAAUAGGCAUAAUUCUCUCAAUUCUUAGAGUAUACCUUAAUAUUCCUUUGCCAGAAAAAAUUGUCAGAUACAAUUAUAUAAUCCUUGGUAUCAAACUUAUUGUCAAAGGUACCCCUCCACCACCCCCUAAAAAUGGCCAACGUGGUGUCCUUUUUGUGUGCAACCAUAGAACUGUCCUAGACCCCGUUGUCACAGCUGUUGCACUAGGCAGAAAAAUUAGUUGUGUUACAUAUAGUAUUAGUAAAUUUUCCGAGAUGAUUUCUCCGAUAAAAGCCGUGGCGUUGUCCAGAGAGAGGGAGAAAGAUGCCGCACAUAUUAAGCAAUUGCUUGAAGAAGGUGAUUUGGUUAUAUGCCCUGAGGGUACUACUUGUAGGGAACCAUUUUUAUUGAGAUUUAGUGCACUUUUUGCUGAACUUACUGAUAGAAUUGUGCCAGUGGCAAUCAACACUAAGCAAAGUGUAUUCAAUGGGACUACUGUUCGAGGGUACAAAUUCUUGGAUCCUUAUUUUGUUUUCAUGAAUCCAAGGCCAACUUAUGAGAUCACUUUCUUGAAUCAACUCCCUUCUGAGCUCAAUUGUGGAAAUGGCGGAAAAUCAGCUAUUGAAGUGGCUAAUUAUAUUCAGAAAGUUCUUGGUGGUACUCUUGGAUUCGAGUGUACUAGUUUGACAAGGAAGGACAAGUACGCCAUACUGGCUGGAACAGAUGGCCGUGUUCCAGCAAAGGAGAAGGAGGAAGAGAAGAACAAAUAAAAUAAAUGAAUUAGCAGUACGUAGUAUGUAAUGAAUUAUUUUUCUACUUUUUGCAUUUUCAUCAAGGAAAGAAAAGCAAAGGAACAAAGAUUGAAAAGGAAAACAUAAAAAGAAACAAGGGAAUUACUUGAAUUGUUAUCAUAUGCAUGAUGAUGAUUUUUAUCAAUAAUAUGGGGUAAUAUGUAUAUUGUUUUGUUUGGAA